CAUUAUUACACUGGUGCAGUCUCUGGCGGUGCUUGCUCUGGUAACACGAAUAUUGAAGACAUAUAAAGUAGGACUGUAGAAGUAGCCUACACAUUUUGCAUUUCUAUUGACACCAGUAACAGGAGAACUCAGUUCAACGCAGAAACACAUUGGCUCUUUUGUUACACGCCCAUUGGAGAAAGUGGUUCAAGGUUCAAGAGGCGUAACUCUGAACUUGAAUACUUGGGGCUAUAUUCAGUUGUUAUUUGCGGUUACAAUUGUGGACUUCUCGGGACUCUACCAGCUGCAGAGCUCGCUCAUUCCCUCUCUUUACAAUGAUUGCAUAUCUCAUUACACUUCUGGCUGUUUUGCCGCUGUUGCUUUACUGGAGAAACCCGUAUGUUUUUAGAGACUUACAUUACACAGUUACUUCACUGCAAAUUGGAAUGAAGCUGGCAAAAUACAGAAAAAAUAAACCAUUUUACAGUAUUUUGGACUGUUUUCUGGACAAGGUGGCGAAGCAUCCGAACAAGAAGUUUGUUAUUUUCGAGGACAGCUCCUUCACUUACAGACAAGCGGACACAGAAAGCAACAGAGUGGCACGCGCUCUGGCCACGCACGCACACCUAAAGGAGGGAGACACCGUGGCGCUCUUCCUGGGAAACGAACCGCAGAUGCUGUGGGCCUGGUUCGCACUGGCCAAGCUGGGAUGCACAGCAUCUCUGCUGAACUACAACAUCAGAUCCAAAUCUCUGCUGCACUGUUUCUCCUGCUGCGAAGCUAAGGUGUUGGUUGCCGGUGCAGACUUGCAGGGGGCUGUAGAGGAGGUGUUGCCAGACUUGAAGCAGCAGGGUGUACGUGUGUUCAUCCUCAAAGACGACUGUGAUGUGGAUGGCAUUGAAAGCCUCUCUGACAAAAUCAAGCAGGCCUCAGAUCAGCCGCUGUCACCUCAGCUGAGGAGCAACAUUCACAUGAAGAGUCCUGCACUUUACAUCUACACAUCAGGAACCACAGGGCUUCCCAAGGCAGCUGUUAUCAACCAUGAGAGGCUGUGGAUGGCAACUUAUCUUCAGUCUAUUGCAGGCAUUCGCUCAAACGAUAUCAUCUACAUUUACCUUCCUCUUUACCACAGCGCUGGGUUUCUCAUGGGACUCUGUGGAGCCAUUGAAAAAGGCAUCACUAUUAUUUUAAAACGGAAAUUCUCAGCCUCUCAGUUCUGGAACGACUGUAGGAAGUAUAAUGUGACUGUUAUACAGUACAUAGGAGAAAUUAUGCGCUACCUCUGCAACACACCAAAGAGAGACAAUGACAGAGAUCAUAAAGUCAGACUGGCGAUAGGGAACGGGAUAAGAGCCGACACCUGGGCCGACUUCCUGCAGCGGUUUGGAGACAUUCGCAUCUGUGAAUGCUACGGAGCCACGGAAGGAAACGUGGGCUUCGUCAACUAUGUUGGCAAAAUUGGAGCAAUUGGCAGAGAGCAUUUCCUCCACAAGAUGGGUUGUCCGUACGCCCUCAUAAGGUACGACACAGAGAAAGAAGAGCCGGUCAAAGACUCCAGAGGAUUUUGUAUUGAAGUCCCCAGAGGAGAAACUGGACUGUUGGUGGCAAAGAUUGGACAAAGAACACCCUUUAUCGGCUACGCCAAGAACCAGCAGCAGACAGAGAAGAAGAAGCUGAAGGAUGUGUUUGUGAAGGGGGACCUUUACUUUAACAGUGGCGACCUUCUGAAGAUAGACGAUGAGGGAUUUGUCUUCUUUCAAGAUCGCAUCGGAGACACUUUCAGAUGGAAAGGAGAAAAUGUGGCGACCACAGAGGUGGCCGAUCAUUUACUCAUGGUUGACUGUGUGGAGGAGGCUAAUGUCUACGGUGUGAAGGUGCCAGGACACGAGGGAAGGAUUGGAAUGGCAGCCUUGAAGCUGAAAGAAAACAUGGACUUUGAUGGCAAAGCUGCAUACCAGCACGUGAAACAAUAUCUCCCCAGCUAUGCUCGGCCACGUUUCAUUCGCAUACAGAAUACGCUGGAGUUAACUGGGACAUUUAAGCAGAUGAAGGUGAAGCUGGGAGAGGAGGGCUUCAACCCCGCUGUGAUCGGGGAUGCUUUGUUCUACCUGGAGGACUACAAUGGCUACAUACCCAUGACUCAGGAGAUAUUCAACGCCAUCACAGAGGGAAACACCAGGCUCUGAAUGAGUUAUUUUAUUACCAGAUCUUCAGUCUCAAAUUGUACAGUUAAUUUCUUAGACCAAACAGGAUGCCAGAUGAUGAUAAAUGAUGCACAUUAAGGUUUUAUCACAGCAAAAAAACCAAAAAAAAACCCACUUAACCUGCUGUGGGGAUUUUGUACACAGAAACAUUUCAACAGAUGUAAUUAAUGUUAAAUAUACUUUUGAAUAAAUAUAUUUUUAAAACAU